UAGGCUUCAACCCCUAGGGAUUCAUCGCAAUCUCAAGGAGAUCUCAUGCAGCCUUCUAUAUCUUAUUUUCAUGGGAAGGGGCCUUUGGGUUUCUCAACUUCAUUUAGCCAAGUGUAUUCAAGAGGGAAGCUUUAGGAGAUCACCUUAGAGAUGUAGCUGGACAAAUUGCUACCCUGCUUCCUAGGCCAGCUGGAUUGGAGAAGGCAGCUGUGAGAUUUUCCUAGACUCCACCCGACACUGAGCAGAGGCAGCUGUGCACGGAAAGCAAGCAGCAAGAGGACAACCAGAAGGUGAUAUGCAGAAUGAUGCGAGUGAAGACCAAUUAUAUCCAUUAUCACAAGCAGAAGUAGAUGAACUAUAUGAAGCCUUUCUAAACGAAACAGAUCAUGGAGGCUUGGCUAGGAACCUUCCAGAAGGAGGUGCUGUGCAGGAGAGUGAAAAUGAAGGGGAACCACAUGUAAUACCCGGAGGAGCCCAGCAUGAGAUGCCAGCUGUUAGUUCACCCCAGAGGAUUCACUUAGGACCAGGAUCAUAUAUUUGCCCAGUGUGUGGAAAAAGCUGCACUUAUCGCUCUGACCUUACUAAACAUCUAAGAAUCCACACAGGGGAAAAACCAUAUGAAUGCUUGGAAUGUGGACGAGCAUUUAAGGACAGGUCCAACCUUAUUAGACAUAGAAUGACCCACACAGCUGAGAAACCAUAUGAAUGCCCAGUGUGUGCCCAAAGAUUCAGCCGUAGGGGAAGCCUUAUGGUCCAUCAAAGAAUUCACACAGGGGAAAGACCAUAUGGAUGCCUGGACUGUGAGGAAAAGUUCCGACUCAAGGAAAGCCUUAUUAACCACCAAAGAAUCCACUCAGGGGAGAAACCAUAUAAAUGUUUGGUGUGUGGGAAACGUUUCAGACAGAAGAAAAGCCUUUCUAGACACCAAAGAAUCCACAAAGCAGAGAAUGAAUGCUCAGGAGGUGGAAAGAGCUCCUGCCAGGGAACAAUCCCGAUUGAACAUCAGACAGCUUACUGGGCAACACGGACUUAUAAAUGCUCACACUGUAAUGAGAGCUUUGCUGAUCCCUUGGGCUUGGAGGAACAUGAGAAAACACACAAUGGAGAAAGCAGCUCAUAACUGCAUGUUUGGAAAGAGGUUCCUUAGCAGCUCAUGUUAUAUUUUACAUCAAGAAAUCCUGGAGAAUGCAAGAUUACUAUCUGAGCACAACAGUGCAGUUAGGAAAUCAGAUGAAGCCAGCUCUGAGUAUGUUGCUUUUCUGUACGUUGGAAAGCACUUGCAUGCUGCUGGGCCUUUUUCGAUUAGUUGCUGUCUGUGAGGACCUCCCAGCAUAUACUUCUACAGUCCACUGAAGAUUUUAAUUUCAUGUUUUAUCUUGAGAGGUUCAAUAGUAUUAAUCAUUUUAUUCUUUUAUGGAAACACAGAGAGCAGACAGAUACACUGCAGCCAAUGGUUGACAUGCAGAAUAUUACACCAACACACAUGUUAAACAGGAGGAAGGUUUUCCAGCCACCUGCCUUCCUGGGGAAAGCUUUCUGUAGCUUCUGAAAACAUAUCCCUGAGGGCUGUGUGACUCACAGGGACAUGUGUUUCGGCCACACCGGCAGCUUCCAAGGGAUGAAGAGUGACACAGAAACAUUGCUGGCCUGGGAGUGUGCGUGCACUCAAGAUGUGCUCACAGUUCCUUAUUCUGGAUGUCAGCUGAUAUUUUUAGAUCAAAUAAUAUUCACAUGACAAGAAAAUGGCCUGACUGUUCAGAUUGUAGCAAAGUAUUCUGUGAUAAUCAGGCUGGAUUAACAUGGAAACCAUUCAGGAGGAAAGGAAACCUGAAUCUGCAUGGAAAAGCAGCCGCGAAGGAAGGGAAAUGUAUCAAAGACUUCUGUUGUUCCAACUGAAAUGUACAUGAAGAUACCAGCUGCUACUUUUCAGAUAUUUAACAUAGUUUCUUUUUAUCACUGCUUCUGUAUUGGACUGUAUUCACCUUGCUUAUUAAAAUUUUGUGAACUUUUUGGGUUUUUUA